AUGGCGUCCCGACGCGCGCGCGCGCUCCUCGCGCUCCUCGCGCUCCUCCUCGCGUGCGCCUCGCGCGUCGCCGCGGACGCCGCCUCCGCGCGGCUCGGGAGCGAAGAGAAGCCGACGCCGACGCUCGCGGACGACAUCGCGAAGCACAAGGCGGAGCACAAGGCGGAGCACGAGGCGGAGCACAAGGCGAAGCGCGCCCACCACGGACAUGGCAAGGCGCCGGAAGAAUCGCCCGACGCCUCCGACGCCUCCGCCGCGAAGCCCGUGACCGACGUGAUCGCGGACGCCGCGGCGAAGAUCGAGGAGCACGGCGACGCGAACAUCGCGCACCACGCGAAAGAGCUCGAGGCGCACUCCGAAGCGAACGCGGAGGCGCUGUCGCAUUCGAACCCGCACGAGGAGGGAUCGCUCGCGGACGACAUCCACAAGCACAAGGAGAAGCGGCGGAUCGAAGAGCUCGCGAGGGCGGGCGUCGCGGAUGGCGCCGUCGACGCGUACGACGACGACGACGACGACGAGCCGGCGGCGGCGAGCGCGGCGGACGAUGAGCGCCCCGCCGCGAGCGAGGAAAAGGUGGAAAAGGUCGUGGCGCCGGACGGCGACGCGACGGCGCCGGUCGAUCUCUCUCGGGGUUGGAAAGACCAGCGCGUCGCCGCCGGCGUCGACGCCGAAGAAAACUUUUCGGACCGCGGCGGCGGCGGCGGCGGCUUUUUCGACAAGGUCAAAAGCUUCUUCGGCUUCGGCCCCCCGCGGAUCGUGGAGGAAGACCCGGACGGCGUCUUCGACCCGAACGCGAAGUACAGCCUCACGACCGAGGCGCUCGCGUCGGACGUCUCCCGACGCGUGCAGACGUUUAGCGUCGGGCUGGACCCGGACGUGGAGGAGACCGCCGCGGAGUGGUUCCAAUCUCUCGGGUACCGCACGAUGAGCGGCGACGAGCAGUUCGCGCACAAGCCGAGCAUCUCGACGUUGGGGUUCGUGACGCCCGCGUCGGCGCCUUCGAUAUUUAAGGACUUCGAGAUGGCGAAGGCGUACUGCGAGACGCCGGACGGCGACGACAAAUCGCUCGGUCGGUUCGGGAAAGAUUUCGACUUCGCGAACUGGAUCCCAGUCGCGACGUGGACGAAAAAACUCGCGGGGUCGUACCCGGACGCGAAGUUUCUCCUCUUCGAGACCCCGCCGGAGAUUUGGUUCGGGCGCAUCUCCAGGCGCGCGCAAGCCGCGGAGGAGCGCGCGUUGGAAUGCGGCUGCGACGCGAGAGACGACCGGGAGAGUUGGACGAUCAGCGACGAGUGCGGCGACGACGUCUCCGGAAACCACUACUGCAACGCGUACCCGUGCGUCUGGGAGAAAACGUUCGGGUCCGCGUCGCCGCUGCUGCACAAGGCGCGCUGGAUCGAGAAGUACGACGAGCACGUCAAGGGGGUCAAGGAGGCGUUCAAGCAGCCGUUCAUCGGGGAAGACCGUCUGCUCGUGAUCCAGGAGAGCUCGAUUCGGAACCUCGCGAGGCACCCGCCGGCGAAAACCGCUACGAAGCUCGUGACGUUCUUGGGGAUGAACGAGGAAGACCCGGAGAGCUUUGGGUUACGCCACCCUUUCGAGCCGAGGCUCGCGCAGAAGUCGAACGAUCACCCGUGGAGGACCGGGUUUAUCUUGUUAUGCGUCGCGGGAUUGGGGGUGGCGGCGCUGGCGUCGCCGAACGCGUUGAGCGCGGGGGUCGCGCGGGUUCGAGACGCGUUCAACGGCGGCGGCGGCGGCGGAUACGACGGCGGCGGCGGCGGGAACAGGGCUUUCGAGGCGCCGCACCGCAAGAACACGUACGGAGGGUACGACUGAUCUGAUGAUCCGACGAGAAGAGCGAGACGCGAAGAGCGCUCGCGACCUAGCUAUCGUAUAAUUACUGUACAUGCGAAACGAUACCACGCGAAAA